AUGGAUGAGGUUUUGGGAACGGCUUUCUCAGAACCUCCCACUCCCAGUAACUCCAUCCUGGAAAGGUUCACCACUAUCUUCACCCACUCUGGCGUUUCUGGCUCUGAUGACCCGGAGCAAAGGCUUGCCGUCCUUACAUCCUUCAGGGUGCUUUCAGGGGGGGACGCAGCUGAAGAAGAUCAGGAUGUGGUACAGAGAGGUACAGAGUUCAGUGUAAAGGUAAAGAGGGAUUCAGGUUUGGAAGCUGUUUCAAACUGUGACGAAGAAUCCUCAGCUCGCCUCAUAUUGCCUGGUGAUGGAGACCAAACGACAUGUGACUCAGUGAGCGCAAACGGAGUCCACGUGACUGCGUGGAAACCAGGAAAUGAUACACACCUAACAGAGAGCAACCGGAAUCAAUUUGACCUGUCAAGCAAGGCUGUUGGAGAAAAAUGCAAUGACCAGAACAUACCCGCGUAUAAUCUGAGUUGCUUCUCAGGAGAGCUCAAGGUAGAGGAACAGACCCCUGAUAUGAGCAAGAACGAACAGAGCAGGCCCACAUCUGACCUUCAUCAGUGUUUGGUCACAACUGAAAGUAACGACGGCAUAGACAGUCGCAGCAAAGACACGUGUGAGGCAGAGGAACCAGUGGGUGGCAGUGACUUGGAUUCAGAAGGACAACACAUUUUACCUGCCAGCGCACAUGCGGAUGCCCUUUCGAUCACCAAAAAGCAUGAUGAUGCUGAGGACAAUGUGGAGGUGACAGUAGACGACGAUGUACAAAUUAUAGACCGCUGCAGCGAGGGCAUGCUCACUCAUAACCGUGGAGAGGAAUCCGGCAGCAAUGAAAAUUUCCCCACCAGUGCUCCCAGUUUCGUCACACCAUCAGAUGUAUGUACGGAGCACAUGCCCUUUGAACCUGAGCUCUUCUCUGGGGUAGAGGCUGAGAAAUCUGCUCCCAGUGGGAUUCCCAGUACUAGAAAUGUGGUGAUUACCCCGGCCGGGAUAGAACCUGCUUUUGAGGAGCCAGUUACAUCAGCAGACACAGAGACACCAGUAUGGAAACGUGAUGAAGUGUCUCCUCAUUGCAUGCAGGAGGAUGAGGGUUUAGCGGACUUCAGUGGCGAGGAAGAGGAGAAGAGCGAUUUCUGUCCGGACGCUCGCCGUGAAGAGGACCCUCCCUCCCAGAUCACUGAGUUCCAGGAUAAUCUGACACAGUCCGCCACGUCGCCCACUUUUCCAGCCAGUGGUCCUCCGGCAGGAUCGAUCUCUACCAGGUCCACUUUCUUCCCAUGUUCCCCUACUGAUAAACCCGUCCAGCUCCCUGCCUUGCUCAGUGGUCUGCGGGUCUUGAGGAAAGGGGUCACAGGGCCUGAGCAUGAUACAGUGUCCCAGAUCAGAUCCCCACCCCAGGGAAUGAGGAGAACGACCUCCCCCAUGUCUGAGAAGCAGCAGGGGGACACCAGAGUUCAGACUGAGUCCCGGGGUAGCUUUCUGGACCAAAUGUCCAAAUUGCUAAAGCGUGAAAUUAAAGGUGAGGAGAGAGAGGAGAAAAGGCAGGAGGGGCGGAGGGAGUCAGAGGAGGAGGAGGAGGAGGAAGAGUCAGCAGGUGUCACUCGGGAGGAUGCGGCAGAGGCUGACCAGGUGACGGAAAAGAACGAGAGUAAGGAAUACCAAGAGAGAGAGAAGGAUAAAGCUGAACAUGAGCCGGAGGAGCCAACUGGGACUUCAGAAUCCCCAGAAGAGCCGACAAAACCGACUGUCUCCAGUGCAGAGGCGGCCUUUGAUGCUUUCAAGGCCUUCUUCACACCCAAGCCUUUAAAGAAGGACCCGGCAGAGAAGGUGGACCUAGACGCAGUGAGGAGGAGGAGGAUUAAAGGCGAAAAGGACGAUAAAGCUUCAAAUAAGAGGAAAACCUUCUCUGAGGGGAGAUCGGAUGCUGCCAUGUCGGGGGAAGGGGAGGAACGGACUCCUGGCCGGUUGCAGGCUGUGUGGCCCCCUCUCAAGGAGGAGCGAGUGGGACUGAAAUAUACAGAAGCAGAGCACCAGGCGGCCCUUCUCCAGCUGAAGAGAGAGUUCAAAGACGAGGUGGAGAAGCUACAGGAGGACUAUAGUCAGGAGCUGUCCAGGCUGAGGGUGGAAAAUGAGGAGAGCGUCUCACAGCUGCAGUUCGGCUUGGCCCAGCUGCAGGCCGAACUCUCCCUGGGCAGCACCCGGCGGGGCGAUAACCUCCGAGACGCCGCUGUAUCCACUGGCGACGACCUUUUACACAAAGCCUUCCGCACCGUCUGCGUGCAGACGGACCGAGAGACGUUCAUCAAGGCCCACGAGGACGGGGACGGGGGAGGGAGGGGCCGCGUAAGCCCCCAGCACCCCAACGCCUCCCCCCCAAAAAAGCUGGACAUGGCCUCCAUCAGCCUCAACUUAUCUGGACAGCGGGAGGGUAGACACCUGUCCCGCUCAUCGUCUGUCCCCUCAUCCCUUCCUCCUCAUCCUCCGCCUUCGUCAGAGCAGCCGACGGCUACACCCUCAGCCUCCUUCCCGAUCAUUCCACCCAUCAACACAACUGCCCCUCCUCCUCCUCCUCCUCCACCUCCGCCUCCUCCGGCAACCCCGCUGCCAUGUCUUCCAACGCUCUUAAACCAAACACGGUCGUCAGAUGGCUCUCCACCGCCCCCACCUCCACCCCCGCCGCCGCCACCACCACCACCACCCAUGCCAGGCGCAGCUCCCCUGCCACCACCUCCUCCUCUUCCAGUGCGGUCUCUGCUGGUGAAUAAAGCUCCGAGGAAGCCAGCUGUGGAGCCGUCCCGCCCCAUGAAGCCUCUUUACUGGACCCGCAUACAGAUAGAGGACAAUAACGGAGACACGCUGUGGACCGCUUUAGAGGAGCCACACAUCGUCGACGCCCGGGAGUUUGAGGACCUCUUCGAGAAGCCCGCCGCACAGACCAAGAGGAGGCCUCUGUCGGAGGCCUACGAGAAGAAGGCCAAACCCAAGAAGAUCGUGAAGGUGCUGGACAGUAAGCGCUCCCAGGCCGUGGGCAUCCUCAUGUCAAGCCUCCACCUGGAGAUGAGGGACAUAAAGCAAGCUGUUCUGACUGUGGACGAUGCGUUGAUGGACCUGGAGACCAUUGGAGCUCUUUAUGAAAACAGAGCUCAGCCGGACGAGCUGGAGAGGAUACGGAAAUGCUACGAGACAUCGGACGAGGACCAAGUCAAACUGCUGGACAAACCCGAACAGUUCCUGUACGAGCUCUCUCAGAUCCCAGACUUCGCAGGCCGAGCUCACUGCAUCAUCUUUCAGUCAGCCUUCGCCGAUGGAAUCGCCUCCCUGAAACGCAAAGUCCACGUCAUCUCCUCGGUUUGCAAGGCUCUGCUGGAGCAGGCCAGCGUGCGGGAGGUGAUGGGGCUGGUCCUGGCCCUCGGCAACCACAUGAACGGAGGCAACAGGAUCAGGGGCCAGGCUGACGGCUUCGGCCUCGACAUCCUGCCUAAACUGAAGGACGUGAAGAGCAGGGACAGUCGUAUCAGUCUGGUGGACUAUGUGGUUUCAUACUACUUGCGCAACUUGGAUGAGAAUGGCGGCACGGACAAGAGUGUGUUUCCUCUCCCCGAACCGCAAGACGUCUUCCUGGCAGCGCAAGUCAAGUUUGAGGACGUCGGCAGAGACCUGCGACGGCUCGGACGAGAUCUGACAGUGUGUGAGACGGGUGUGCAGAGUGUGUGCAGGAAGUCGCCCGCGGAGCAUCUCCAGCCGUUUAAAGACAAGAUGGAAGCGUUCAUCCUCAGUGCCCGCAGGGAGCACAUCGAAACUUCACAUCGGUCGACGACCGCGCAAAAAAGUUUUCAGGACCUGGUGUCGUUCUUCGGUCUGAGGCCCAAGGCGGGGGAGAAGGAGGUGUCCGCUGGUCACUUCUUCAUGCUCUGGUUCGAGUUCUGCACCGACUUCAAGGCCAGAUGGAAGAGGGAGAACAAAACCAUCUCUAAGGAGAGGUUGAAAGAGGCCCAGCUCUCGGUGAAGAGGAUCACGGCGGAGAAAAAAGUGGAGACUCGAAAGGUCAACCCGAACAGUCUGAAAGAGAGGCUGCGCCAGAAAGAGGUUAUAUCCGGCAAUUAGGAAACCCCCGGGGGCCGCGUAAGAAAUGAAGAACAGAAGAGAAGCCGUCUCUGCAUUUGUCUGGGACCCCUGUUUGGUAUUGCGGCGAAGCAGACCACGAUGCUCCGCCAGCCGUUCUUCACUGGACACAAAACACGA